UAUAAUUCUCAUCUCUAGUAUAAGAGGGUUAAUCAGUAAGUAAAAGAAAAAGAAAAAGAAAAAAUGGCAGGGUUAAUAGACAAAGCGAAGGAGUUUGUAGCGGAGAAAAUAGCAGAUAUACCAAUACCAGAAGCAAGCAUAGAAGAUGUGGGUCUUAAGGGAGUUGGCAAAGAUGGUGUCACCUACAACGCUAUUGUUGCGAUAAUGAAUCCUUAUUCUCUAUCUGUUCCCAUUUCUGAGGUCUCCUACGUCCUUAAAUGUGAUGGAAGGGUGAUAUUGUCUGGAAACAUGCCAGACCCUGGAUCAAUAGCAGGAAAGGAGACGACAAAACUGGAUAUUUCAAUGAAGGUACCACAUAGCAUCAUUGUGAGCUUGGUGAGGGAUAUUUUUAGGGAUUGGGACAUUGAUUAUGAGCUUGAAUUGGGUUUAAUCGUUGAUCUUCCAGUCAUUGGAAACUUCACUAUUCCCCUUUCUUGUAAGGGAGAACUCAAGCUUCCUUCCAUCAAAGACUUCUUUGGCGGAGGAGAUGACGAGGAUAAGAAGGAUUAAAUCUCUUUAAGUUGAUGUUUGAAUGAUAAAACACACUUUUUUGUGCCUCAUUUCAUUUUGUUUUCAACCUUUAUUUUUCUUAACAGACUAAUGUUGUCAGAAUGGCGAUCAAUUAAAUAGUUAUGAUCAAUUUUAUUUUUAUAAGUUUUUUUUUUUAAUCCAUAUGAGAGUACAAAGAAUGGGAGGGAGGAUUCGACCUUGUGAGUUGUGACGCAUCGGUCACAGCACCUCAAUAUUAAGUUAUUAACCACUACGUCAAAACAUCUUUGAUUUUACAGUUUUAUAAGUGGUAUUGAUGAGGAUGAACAUAGAUAAUCAUGUUUAAGUUUUAGUAGGUGAUAUUCAUUAUUACCUCGUAUCAAAUUUCAUCUACACAUAACACAUUCCCUUUGUCCUUCUCUCUACACCUUAAGAAAAACGAUAGAAAAAGUGGAGAACAUAGCGCACAUAUGCAUACCAUUUACUAGCUUUAACAAUUUUCACAUGGUAUUAAUAAUG